AUGAUACCAUCCAGGGUAUGCCAUCUAUACCCAGGAAGUAGGUUUCAAGGCGAGCAAACCUCAGGUUCACACAGUUACAGCGUCAUUGUCGAUAUCAAGCACGUUGAUCUAAAUCAGUCUACACUGAGUGGAUACUUACUCAUCAAGAACCUGACGCCUGAUUACCCAAAGCUGACAACCUUUUUUGAUGCAGAGAUUAUUGGGCCCGAGUUUUCGUUCUUGACAAAGAAGUGGGAUGCAACAGAAGAAACAGAUGAGGAGCACUGGACGCAGUUUUCAUCGUUCGAGGGCGUAGUCAAUUUAAGGGACAUGGAACGGGAUUUCAAAUACGAUUUCAAUAACAGAGAUGUGGUUUUUAUGAGAUGGAAGGAACAUUUCUUGGUACCGGAUCACCGUAUUGAAGGUGUUCAAGGCGCAAGUUUUGCGGGCUUUUACUAUAUUUGUUAUCAAAAGAUUACGGGCAAAAUCAAAGGCUAUUAUUACCAUCAGUCAAGUGAGAAAUUCCAAAAACUUGAACUUGACCAUGUCACUGAACGUUCGUUUGGGUCAUACGAGUUCCGAUGA